AUGGCCCAUCCAGGUAGACCAAGAGGUCGUACAAACAAAAAAACCCAACAAGCACAACAAGCACAAGCCCAAGCCCAAGCCCAUGCCGCCAAAGUCCAAGCUCAAGCCCAAGCACAGGCCCAAGCACAAGCCGCCGCACAUGCACAUGCCCAAAAUAGUCACAUAAAAGAAGACCCUGGGGUUCAAUUACAUGAUGAAGCCGAUUUAAUAAGUUUUAGGAAUGAUAUGUUGUCGAGAUAUAUUACGAAUCAUGAAUAUAUUGAGAAUGUGACUAGUAAAUUGGUACAUACUUCUAAGAUUAUUCCUCCGGGGUUAUAUCCUGUGAUUAUGCGCCAGAAUUCGAAAAGAAUGUUGGAGGAAGGGGAUAUAAAAGCUGAAGAUAUUUAUUUUGGAGAUUUGGCGGUGAUGAAGAAAGUGGAGGAGAGAUUAAAGAGUGGGAUAGGGAUUGGGAGUGGGGAUGAUGAUGGGAAGUAUGUGCCUAAUACUGAACGGUAUAAGUAUCAACAAGAAAAGACUAAUCGACUUGCGGAGUUGAGAUCGAAAUUAUAUGAUAAAGAGUCAUUGCGGGAAUUGGAACAAGAGCUUGAACUGGUAUUGAAUGAAUAUCAAUAUAAAUUUGCUCAGAAGUAUGAAUCUACGGCUAAUUAUAAACAAUAUUCUAUAUCAACGGGUAUAGAAGUCUCAUCAGCUCCUGCGAAUUAUAAUCCAAGACUGAUUAAUUCAUUUAUAAACAUCCCUAAUACAAGUUCACAGCUACAACAACAAGAACCACAAUUACAACUACCACAAACACAACAACACAUCCCACCACAAAUCAAUAAUAAUGGAUCCAUGGGAUAUAAUGAGAAUACAAUAAGAUAUGAACAUCAUCAUCAACAUAGUAAUAGUAGUAUCGUAGACACAUCAAAAUUCAAUGGGGUUAGUGAUAUGUUCAAUUUCGAAAAUACGGGAAAUAGUUAUGACGAUGAUGUUGACAAUGACGCGAAUGGAAAUAUCGAAGAUACAUUUUCAAUGACAAUAGGAGGAGUGAAUGACUCAACCAAUCAAGAUAAUAGUAAUAACAAUAAUACUGGGUUAACUAAUACUAAUAUGGAUACCGGAGGACGUUCGAUAAAUGGACUAGGCAGUGAUGAUGAAGGAAUUGUUGCUGGAUCUGGAGAUGUGAAUGAUGAUGUUGUUGAUAGGGUAGCGAAUGAUAUUGUGAAUGAUGAUGAUAUGAAUGAUUUGUUUAAGGACGCAGAUGAUGAUUUAGUGGGAGGAGGGGUGGAUGAUGAUUUAGUUGGAGAAUUAUAUAAUUUUAAUCCUGGGGAUGAUGAUGAUAAUAUGGUGGAUCAUGAUGAAGGGGAUGACAAUGAUGUGGAUGGAUUAAUGGGUGGUUCUGAGUUUGAACUGGAUUUCUUGAGUCAGAUUGAUCAUAGUAUGGAGUAG